GAUAGCUUCAUCAACUCUAUUCUUUAGUCGAUAUCCUGAUGUCGAAUAUAAUGGACGUUAUGUUUUUUAAAAUAUGAACUCUCAAUAAUUAAACAAUAAAAGUGAAAUUCAUUAUUUUAUCUUUUUCGACAAAGUUUUUUUUUGUUUAAUUACGAUAAUAUCGAAAAUGAUUAAAUUAUUUCUUUUAACUAUUUUUCAAGCGAUGAUAUUAAGUUAUGCAGUCGCUCAAAAUCAAGAACAAUCAACUUGUACGUCAAUUAAUGGCAGAAUCGGUAGAUGCAUCAUAAUACGUCAGUGUCCAGAAUUAUUAAAUAUACUUCAAACACGCCCCCUUAAAUCAGAAACUAUAGAUUUACUAAGACAAUUGCAAUGCGGUUUUGAUGGUAAUAAUCCCACAGUCUGUUGUCCGAUUCAAAAUGCAAAUAUCGAUACAACGUAUCGAGACAAUAAUGAAAAUGAUAUAAAAUCGAAUCAAAGUUUUAAAGAGCAAAACGAGCAAAGUACCGAUAAAAAUAUCGAUGAUGAGAAUUUACAAUAUGAUUUUUCCAAUAAUUCUUUGAUUCCAACCGAUUGUGGAAAUGAUUUGUCUCAAAGAAUUAUAGGAGGAGAAAUUACAGAGCUCGAUGAAUUCCCUUGGAUGGUACUUCUGGAACACGCCAAACCGAAUGGAAAAGUUAUAAUUUGUGGUGGAGUUCUUAUCAGUCGGCGUUAUGUUUUAACGGCAGCGCAUUGCAUCAAGGGAAAAGAUUUACCAAUUACAUGGCGUUUAGAGAGUGUUCGUCUAGGCGAAUAUAACACCGAUACAAAUCCUGAUUGUGUUCAGGAUGAUGAAAAUACCUUACUUUGCGCGGACGAACCUAUAUCGAUUGGAGUCGAAGAACAAAUGGCACACGAAAAUUAUCGACCACGUUCGAGAGAUCAGAAAUACGAUAUCGCACUUCUAAGAUUAUCCCGCGACGUUACAUUCACCAAUUACAUAAAACCUAUUUGUUUACCAUCCACUGCUUCUCUUGGGCAAAAACUGUUCGUGGCUGGGUGGGGAAAGACAGAGAACGGUUCAUCGUCGAACGUGAAGUUAAAAGUUUCUUUGCCUUUUGUCAAUAAACAACAGUGUCAAUUGACUUACGAUAAUGUGCAAGUAUCGCUCGGUUACGGACAGAUUUGUGUCGGGGGACAAAAAGGUAAAGACUCGUGUAGAGGAGAUUCGGGCGGACCUUUAAUGACCGUAGAAAGAGAACGCAAUGGUAAUGGAAGAUGGAUUGUCGCAGGUAUUGUUUCUUUCGGACCAUUGCCUUGUGGUAUGUUUGGAUGGCCUGGCGUUUAUACAAGAACAAUUGAUUUUAUACCCUGGAUACUUAGUAAAAUGAAACCUUUCGAGAUAAUCCGAGUAAUCCACUUCCGUAAACGAAGGAUUCUUUUUAUAGAAGAUAGAUGUACCACACCACAGAAAAAAAUUGGUGUUUGCAUCGAUAUACGUGAUUGUCAACCACUGGUAAAAAUUCUUAGACAAAGACCAGUAUCGGUAGAAUCUGUUAAUUAUCUGAUCAGCUUUCAUUGUGGAUUCAAUGGUAAUUAUUCAAAAGUAUGUUGUGAAGCACAGAAUCCAGUAAGAGAUGAAUCAAACUCGUCUGUAAUUUCUGAACCUCCGGACGUCACGAAUCAUCCGAAUUUAUCAUUACUGAAUCAUGAUAUAUGCGGCCCAAUAGCGGAGCAAAAAAUUUUCGGUGGUAAUAAAACCGGGAUAUUUGACUAUCCAUGGAUGGCGUUACUUUUUUACGAUACAGGAAAUUUAAUUCCGGAAUUUCGAUGCGGGGGAUCGCUGAUCAAUAAACGAUACAUACUCACUGCUGCUCAUUGCGUUACAUCGUUACCACCUGAACUCAGAUUAAUCGGAGUACGAUUAGGAGAGCAUAAUUUUAGAACUGAACGCGAUUGCGAGAAAGCGAACGAACUUGAAGUUGUUUGCGCUGAGAGAUAUCAAGAUUUCAGUAUAGAAAAGACUCAUUUUCAUCCAGAAUUUUCACGAGGGAAAUUACAAAAUGACAUUGCUUUGGUACGAUUGAACAACGACGCUGAUUUUAGACCGCAAAAUGUUCGACCGAUUUGCAUGCCAAUCGGAUCGGCCGCCAUCUUAUCUCAAAAAAAAGUAACAGUAACAGGUUGGGGUACAACUGAACUUGGAUUACGUAGUCAAGAAUUGUUACAAGUUCAUUUGUCACUAGUAAAUACAGAGAAAUGUGCACAGGUGUAUAAAGAAAGAAAAACGCAAAUUUGGUAUAAACAAAUAUGCGCGGGUGGCAAAAAUGGUAUGGAUUCUUGUUCGGGAGAUAGCGGUGGACCACUUCAAGCCCCAGGAAUGUAUAAUAAUAAUCUAAAAUACAUUCAAUACGGACUUGUUAGUUUUGGACCCACUAAGUGCGGUCUAGAAGGAGUACCUGCAGUUUAUACUAAUCUUGUGUAUUAUAUGGAUUGGAUUCUAAAUACUAUUAGCGCAUAAAAAAAGAAUGCUUUUAACUUAAUUUUUUAAUUAUGUAAUUAUUGUUGAUAUAUUUUUUUUAAUUAUUGUUAAUUAUUGUUAAUUGUUAUUUCAAAAAUAUCUAAAACAAAAAUUAUCCAAAUAUCCUAAAGUUCCUAAAAUGAAAAAAAUCGAACGUUUUUAGUUAUUUUUGACUAAUAACAGUCAUUGCUAUCAUGAAAUAUGAAUAUCCCAGUCUUGAGUCUUUGAAAAUUUGAAUAUAUCAAUUAAUAAUAUACUAGAUUUUUAGAAUUAAGAAUUUAUAGAUUCUUAGAAAUAAGGAUGUAAGAUAUUUUAAAGAUAUUUCGACAAUUAAUUUAAUAUUGUUAAUAUUAAAGCUCUUUAUUUAUAAAUUAUUUGCUACUAUAAAUAUUAUAUUAUGAUUAUAUAUGAUUUAUAAAUAUAAUAAUUACUUAAUUACAUUGUAUAAUUUGUAUGGUUUUAAUUUUGUUAACAUUAAAAUAAAAUCUUAUAAAUUA